AUGUCUAAUAAAAUAUCCAGGAUCGAGGAGGAGAUGAGGAAAACACAGAAAAACAAAGCCACUGUCUCUGACGUGAACAGAAAACUCGCACGACUCCGCGCGCAACUUCUAGAACCAGGUCCUGGAGCGGGUGGCGGAGGCGGUUCCGGCUUCGAUGUCAGCAAGAGCGGUGAUGCCAGAAUAUCUCUAGUAGGCUUUCCAUCAGUAGGAAAGUCAACAUUUCUAUCCAAAGUCACCAAGACAAAAUCCGAAGUAGCUUCAUAUGCAUUCACAACCCUCACAGCCAUUCCCGGAGUGUUGGAAUAUGGCGGCGCCGAAAUCCAGCUGCUUGAUCUGCCAGGAAUUAUCGAAGGUGCCUCUGAGGGUAAGGGACGAGGCCGACAAGUUAUUUCAGCAGCCAAGACGAGCGACCUGAUUCUCAUGGUCUUGGACGCGACAAAGCGAGCUGAGCAAAGAGCAUUGCUGGAGGCGGAACUGGAGGCUGUCGGCAUCAGACUGAACCGCGAGCCCCCAAAUAUCUACCUCAAGGUCAAAAAGGCUGGCGGCAUGAAAAUUACCUUCCAGUCUCCACCUAACAAUAUUGACGAGAAGAUGGUUUACAACAUCCUCCGCGACUACAAGAUCCUCAACUGCGAGGUGCUUAUCCGAGAUGAAAACGUCACUGUCGACGACCUCAUCGACGUCAUUAUGAAAGAUCACCGCAAGUACAUCAGGUGCCUGUACGUCUACAACAAGAUCGACAGCGUCUCUCUUGACUUUUUGGACAAGCUCGCCAGAGAAGACCACACGGUGGUCAUGAGUUGCGAGUUGGACCUGGGAAUCCAAGACGUGGUCGACAGGUGCUGGAAAGAGCUCAAGCUCAUCCGCAUUUACACCAAGAGGAAAGGAACCGACCCAGACUUUAGCGAGGCAUUGAUUGUACGGAGCAACAGCACCAUUGAAGACGUGUGCGACAGGAUACACCGCACUCUCAAGGAUACGUUCAAGUAUGCGCUUGUUUGGGGCGCCAGCGCAAGGCACAUUCCUCAGAGGGUGGGAUUGGGGCAUCCAGUUGCGGAUGAAGAUGUCGUGUAUAUUAAUACCGCGUGGAAGGCUUAG